CUCUGCGCUUGGCGCCUUCGGGACUCGAGCUGCUUCGCUUGCCUUCCGACCCUGGGGUUUAGCGGUCCUGCGGAAGGGCGGGUUGCAGGGGUAAACCUGCUCUUCCUUGAGGUCUUCUUUCUGCUGGAACAUGAAGUGCCCCAGUUGUCACCACAUCUCCAAAGAUGAAGCUCCCAAGUUCUGCAGCAGCUGUGGGUUGUGUUUGGUUCCUACAGUCAACCCAAAGAAGAAUGGCGAAUCCCAGCUAUCAUUGGAAGUGGAAAUAGAAUGUGGUAAAGAACUUAAAGGCGAAGAUGCUCUUCAUUUGGUGAUGGAUACUAGUGAUGGAAAUAAGGAGGUCCAUCCAGAUAAUGCCUACUCAGACUUUUCAUGCACUGCACAAAAAACAAAGAAGAAAAACAGAAAGAAGAAAAAAAAGAAAGAUCAACAUCUUCUUUUAGAGGAGCUGGAUUCUUUGUCCCUGUCUCAUACAACCCUAUCUAGCCUUAGUUCUCUUCCAAGCCUUGGAUCAGUGGAUAAUAAAACUACCCCACAAGAAAGCCAAAUUCAGGAGGAUGGUUUAACUAAGCCCCUGGUUGAUUGCAGUGAUGUUCAAACUGAAAGUAACCAAGUCUCAUUUCCUUUAGUUGUUGAGAGCCCUAACAACAAUUGUUUUGGUAUAGAGUCAGAGGAGGGUGGAACCAAAGAAAAGGUAAUUCCAGAUUUAGGUGCUCCAGUGGAAAAGAUGGAAGUUGAUGUACAUCCUGAGAGUAGUCAAUCAGCCAGAAGACUGGAAGGAGACAAUGAGAAGGAAAAUCAUAGCCCUGUUGAUUUGGUCAAGACUCUGGGACCCACUUCCAGAGAAAGGAAGGAUAUAGAAGUACUCAAGGUAAAAGAUGCCACUUGUGGGUCACUCCCUGAACUGACUUCAUGUAAAAUUGAGGAAACUGAUCCUUUACAUACAGAUCCUAGUCAGAAGGUCCCUCUACCAGAAUCAAAAGUGGACAUUCCUAAUCAAAGAAAAAGAAAAGAAACAUCUAAGCCGCAGACGAAUGCCUCACCUCCCAGAGAAGCUAAAAUGAAGUCAACUAAUCAAGUAAGAGGAUCAGGAAAAGAAGUUAAAAACAAUCAAGAAUUGAAGAAGCAGCGAGCAAAUGAAUCAGCUACCAGAGAAGUUGAAACUCAGGAGAAACUUACCAAUCAAAUGAAGACAAUAGAGGAAAAAGAUAAAAAUAAGCCUAAGGAUAUGAAAAAGCAGGAAGGGCCUCCUGGAAGUUGUGUUGAUUCUGCUUCAAGAAGUCUGGGACCUUCAAAGGAGCAAAGAAGCCUGACUGCCAAUGGAAAGGAAUUAAAGACCAGGACAUUAAAUCUUGGUGAAGGAAUCAGAGUAUACUUCCAUGCAAUUCUGUCUCGGGAUUUUUCAUUUAAUCCUGAUUGUGAUAAAGUGUAUAUAAGAGGAGGAGAAGGUUUGGGUAAAAAAGCUUGGAGUAGUUAUGUCUGUGAGAUGAACUGCACAAAAGAACUGGGUGAACAUGGAUUCCUUAUCGAAGGUGAAAUGAUGGUUUCCAAGGACCAAGUGUUCACAUCUAUCCCUUACAAAUAUUAUAUUAUUCAUGGUUCAAAUGCGGAGUAUGAAUUCAUAUACAAAAAACCUUCUAAGCCUGGACAGCAUGUCAACCGCUGUUUGUUCAUAAAGGAACCAUUUUUGAGGUCUGGAGAAUGGCACCAAUAUGAUGAUAUAAUUUGUAUGAAGCACGAUAAAAACGUGAUGAUGAAGCUCAAGGGGAUUUUUACAGAUGACGAUAGAAAGAAGGUUGUAAAAGGAAAGUUCAUUGCAGCCAGAGUUAUGGUGGAGAAUAUCUUCAGUAUCCUCAGCUCCUGGAACACCAUUAAUUUGAAAAACUUUUUCAGCCAGUUUUGUCAGUUUUAUUUUGUGGUCAAGCAGCCUGUGGUUUAUGAAGAGCAGUUAACGCAAUGGUCAUCUUUAGGAUAUGGAGAAGAAGAGCCGCUUCCUUCCUGCCAUUGA